UCUUCAAAUAUCAAACACACACUCUUUGUUUUCUCUCUUUGGUUUAAAGAAAAAGAACGUUCAAGAAACGAAACAACCAUGGCGGAAGAAGAAAACAAUGGCGGAGAAAACGAUAACAUUGACAGACUAAGCAAUCUACCAGACUCUGUACUCUGCCACAUCUUCUCCUUCCUCCCAACCAAAACCACCAUCCAAACAACCCCUCUCAUCUCCCACCGUUAUCGCAACCUCUGGAAAACUCUCCAAACCUUCGAUUUCGACGACGAGUAUGAAUUCAACGGCAAAACCGAAUCUGAGAACACCGAGCAUUUCAUGUUCUUCUCCAUCUUCGUUAACGCCGUCCUCGCUCAACGUGAGUCUCGACGCAUACGUAAGUUCCGUCUUUCUUGCUGUCAUUUCCAUGAAGACGUGUUCUACACGUCCUCCAUUGAUACGUGGGUACGUACCGCCAUUGGACCAUACCUUGAAGAAUUUUAUAUCAGUUUAUGUAAUUACGAUGAUGGCUUCAACCUCCCUCUCACACUCCUCUCUUGCUCUAACCUCGUCUUUCUCCGUCUUUGCGGUUUCAUUUUGUUCCAAUUGAAAGACUCUUCGGAGGUUUGCUUACCGUCAUUGAAAGGGCUGCAAUUACUAGUGGGCGAUGGAUCGGAUGCAAAUUCUGUGAAUAUCCUUCUCUCUGGCUGCCCCAUUCUCGAAGAUCUGGAACUUUCCUUUUGUCACUUCUCUUUCGCCAAGCUUCGGGUGCAAACUUCCUUAUUGAAGAGGUUGGCAAUCACUUUUGCGUAUGAGGCUGGAGGUUGCGUUGAGAUAGACGCGCCGGGUCUUAAAUACCUAAGCUUGUCUAAUGGCACUGCUUUUGGGAACCUGCACAACGUGAAAGAAGCAUAUCUUGCUGAGUUUUCCACUCCUGAAAGUGAAUCUGUUUUCCGUUUACUCAAUCUCCUCCAAGCUCUCUCUGGAAUUAAACAUCUAAUGCUGGAUCAUUACAUAACAGAGAGGCUAUUAGAUGCCCCUUUUUUAGAUUUUCCAGAAUUUUGCUAUCUGCUGCAUCUAGAUAUUGGUCUUCCCUCUUUCAACAUGGUUAUUGUGUUCAACAUGCUUCAGAAAUGUCCCAUGCUACAAACUCUCAUAAUUCUCCAAUGCAAGGAACCAGAACCAGUCAUUGAUGAUUCAUUUUCAUAUGGAUGGGUGGCGAAGCUUAAAACUGUUGCUAAGUGUCUCAAAUCACCUUUAUAUGGAUGGCUGGUUAAGCCUAAUAGUGUUCCCACGUGUCUUGCAUCGCACUUGACCUUUAUUCACUAUAAAGCUUUUCAAGGAAAUAGACACGAGCUGGAAUUUAUUCGCUAUGUUUUGCAAAAUGGACUUCUUUUGAAGAUGAUGGUUAUCAAUGGAAUUUAUCUGCUGGACCGACCGGAGGAGUGGGUGGAAUUCAUUUCUAAUAUGCCAAGAGGAUCUGCCAUGUGCCAAUUUCAAUUUCACUGAAAUGUAUCACGAAAAG